AUGUUUCCAAAUCUUUCUCAACUUGCUUCCAUCAUUACUGUCGCUUGCGUCCCAUUCGUCUCAGCCGACACAGCUCCGUUCGCUGACUGGGACCAUGGUCGAGUUCAGUUGAGUAACGUGAGCAUUCAUUUCCGCUACGCAGGAAGUGGACCUCCUUUACUGCUCGUUCACGGAAAUCCGCAACACAGCUAUACAUGGCGUGUUAUGGGCCCUAUUCUCGCUUCUCAUUAUACAAUUAUUGCUCCUGAUAACCGUGGCACUGGAGAUAGCUCUAUUCCAGCAGACAAUGACUACAGUGCUGAAGCCAUGGCUUCCGAUCUCAAAGGUCUUCUUGACUUUCUGCAAGUCAACCAAACCUUGGUGUUUUCUCACGAUAAAGGUGCCGGCGCCGCAUCUGCCCUCGCAGCUCUAUUUCCAGACUCGGUUACAUCGCUCGGUGUAUCUGAAUACCUCCUUCCAGGAUUCGGAUACGAGGAGUACUCUUGUCCCUCUCCUACAUGGGAUCUCUACGCCAACUGGCAGCUAGCUUUCUUUAGCAUUACGGACGCCGCAGAGUUCUUCAUCCGCGGUCGUGAAAAAGACAUGCUUUCUUGGUACUUUUAUCACGCCAGCUACAGUGGUACUGAAGCGGUUCCGGACGAUGUUCUCCAGCGUUAUGCGACUAGCAUCAGCAAGCCAGGUUUCUUGCGCAGUAUGUUGGGUCCUUUCUCUACCGCUUCAACAACAGCAGACCAUGCGCUCUUCACCAAAGUGUUUGCAAACUCGACACUCAAGAUGCCUUUCCUUGCUCUGGGUGGUGAAGCGAGCCUUGCACCGGCGAGUCAAAUUAAACAAGUGUGGGGUAGUCUCAGCGACAAUGGAACUUACGAAGUAGUUCCAAAGGCUGGUCAUUGGAUCGCAGAUGAGAAUCCUGAAUGGGUCGCGCAGCGUCUCGUGGAAUUCUUUGGCAGCACGGCAGCUACCAUGAAGCCGGCAAAUCUCACAUGGCUAAACAAUAAGGUAACUCUUGUUUAA